AUGGAGUUGGGUUUUGAGGUCUCUCUUGAAGAUAUAGAAAACACAGUUAAUGUAACCCUUGAAGAGAAAAAGAUUGGUGAUCCGUUUGCUCAUGUCAGAAAAAAGCAGCCUUGGGCAGAUCCAAAGAUUGUUAAGAGCCUUAUAGAUUCAAAGGUAUAUGCUUUACUUGGUGAAAAAACCGCAGCAGAUAAUGAGAAGCCUUUAAAAAAGAAGAAAGAGAAGCAUGUUAAAGUAGAGACAAGAUGCAUGGUUUUGGUGUCUAUCGAUUUGCAAAUGGACAUAGAUAUGAAGGUGCUUGGCAUGAAGGAAGAAGACAAGGUUGUGGGUGGGACGCUAAUAUUGAGAUUUUGUUACAGAUGCUUGCUGGUGACUUCGGCAGAAAGAUGCGGCCUGAUAUUGGUGUUUGAUGUUGUUUAUUUCUCAUUGAAUAAAGGUGCAAAUGAUAAUGAUCUAUCAUCUGCAUCAAGGGGGUAGUUUGAAGCCAUUGGAAUUUGAGGAUUCAGAAUUAUGACAAGGGAUGAUGAGACUGAACGUUCUUCCUAAUCAUCAAUUUAUCAAAUUGAAGAAAGGACCUAGAUUAGAAGAUUAUCUACUGUGAAACUAUGUCAUGCUUAUCGGGUCUCUAACCUCUGAUGAUGAUCUGUCUCGCAUUGUAUUGGUUCACAGAAUUCUUCUACUUGGAAAGGGGUUAAUAAGUUUCGUUAUGAUUUUCAGUUACAUCUGAUUUCUGGAUAAUGCUUACUUUUAAGUAUUCUGUCUAUAAACAGAAUUUGAUUUUGAUUUUACUCCAUGAUAAAGUUAUACGAAAUGUUACAAUGAUGCUGAUUUUAUAGGAUUUAUCACCACAAUUAGCAUAGAAAACAUAUUAACAACAUUGAACUUGAUAGAAGGAGCACUGAACAUUGAAGAUUUAAUUGAAACUGCAAUACCUCCUCAUGUCUAUGAAAACAAAAUGGAACUACAGUUGCUUCUGUACACAAGAAUGUUGGUUAACAGGGGCAGGAGAGGUAGAAGAAUCAAAAGAACUUGUCACUUUCUCCUUAACUAAUGGACCUGAACAUCAUGUCUCCCAGCAUUCGAGCAGUCAUCCGGUACUCCCUUUUGUUCUCCAUCAGUUUUUCGGCACACUAAUAAUGCAAAUAACACCCCAAUUGGUAGCACAUCUCCCUUUGGUGCAGAAACAGGGGUUCCAUUUUUGGUGUCGCUGAUGGGAAGGGGCAAUUUCGUAAUUUUGGUACAAGGGUAUGGUUAAUAGUUAAGGAAGAUGGUAGAGAAAGAUCAAGAAAUGAGAAGUGCUACCAAUAUUGAACCUUACUCCAGCUUUUGUAGAUUUGCUAUAAACAUUUAUACAUUAUGUAAUAUGUAAUAUGUGUUGUACAUUGUUCCCU